AUGGGUGCACAUAUACGCAAAAUGCUAGCGCCACAAAGCCAGCAAGGAGGACAACCAUCUUCUCAGCCUCUUCCACAACAAAUGCCCGUACCACAGGGAUAUGUUCAACCGCAACCACACCCAGUGGUAUCAGCAGCUCAACAACAACCCGCGGUUCAACCUGUAUCCAUUCAACAGCCAGUGCAACAAGGGCAAGGUUUUGCACCGGUACAGCAACCCAUGAUGCCUUCCCAACAACCUAUUAUGGUUCCUGUACCUCCUCAACAGCCAAUGAUGCCUCCUGAACAACCUAUUAUGGUUCCUGUACCUCCUCAACAGCCAAUGAUGCCUCCAGAACAACCUAUUAUGGUUCCUGUACCGCCUCAACAGCCAAUGAUGCCUCCCGAACAACCUAAUAUGGUUCCUGUACCGCCUCAACAGCCAAUGAUGUCUCCACAACAACCUAACAUGGCGACUGUUACUCCGCAACAAUCCAUGAUGCCUUAUUCACAACCUACUGCGAUGUCUGCUGCUCCUCAGCACCUACAUCAAAUGAUUCCUCAACCACAACCUGGAUAUUCACAACAGCCGGUUCAGGGUGGUUUUGCUCAAUAA